AUGCCAAGACAAAAGUUAUGUCAACAUCCAACUAGGCAUACGGAUUCUUCUAGCAAAGCAACAGGUUCACGUCGUAUCUCUUGUCGUCUCCUCAAUUUCUUACGUGAUCAUUAUGAUUUUGAAGAGUUGAAUAUUCGUUGGUUAUGUCCAAAGUGUCAAAGGGUAGAGACAGCGAUGAUGAACAAAGAAUAUGAAAUGAAUGAAGAGGAUAAUAUGGAUACCAGUAAUGAAGAAUCAAAUGAUGAUAAAUCGAGUCAUGAUGAAGGAGAAAAUGAUAACGAAAGUGAUCAGCAAGAUUCUGAUGAAGAGCAAAGUGACAAUGAUAUGCUACUGGAGCUUUCGUAUCGUGAAGAACAGGCGAUAGGGCAGCUAUCAAGAACUCGCCCGAUUCGUUCUCAAAUCGAUCAAGUUUAUAAAUAUCUUCAUAGUUUAUGUGAUGUACUUGAAGGGAAAUCCGUACAAGAAAACGAUCCAGAUCCACAUGGACUUCUCGUUCAAGAAUCUAAUGAUCUUUUGACCGGUUUGAAAAGUUUAUUCAAUGAUAGCGACUGUUCUGAACAAGUUCGUCUUCUAACUAUUGCUCCCGAAGCGUGGGGCCGAGAGAAGCUUCGAAAAUGGUUUGAAUCAACUGAACACCAAGCUCGUCAAUCACUUAUACUUCGACAAAAUGAAGGUGUUCUCGCUGUUCCUCAAUAUUUCAGCGGCAAUCCAUCAAUCUCAAACGAUACCAUUACAACUAUCAUCGAUUUCUACCGUGAAGAAGGUGUUAGUCGCACGUCACCAAAUUCAAAAGAUACAAUUCAAAUUAAUCGAAAUACAGUACCUCUUCGUUUUAUGGAAAUGAGUGUAUUAGACGCCUUUCGAUUAUUUGACGAACGCUUUCCAAACAUGGCCGCUCGUACAACAUUUUACUCGUUACGACCUCGUGAUGUAAAAAUUCUAUCACCACAUGAUACAUGUAUUUGUAUCAUACAUGAAAAUAUGAAUCUAUUAAUCAAGGUACGUAUUUAUUUCUAUCUUCAACACGCGUGGAAUAAUUAUCGUCAAAACAUACAAAACAAAUCUUCUUCAAUGAGAUCGAACACAUUCGAUCUAAAGGAUCUUACUAGUCAAAUGGUGUGUCAAGAUGAUAUGGAAGAUUGUUUUAUUGGUGAAUGUCAGCAAUGCUCAACGAAAUCUAUCAUCGACAUUCUUACAGAAAACAUGAAUGUUGAUCUUGAUGAAAACUAUUCAUGGACUCUUUGGAAAAAACUAAAUAGUAAAUUUGAUCUUCAACGGAUGACCGGUUCUAUUGAAGCCCUCCUAGCUGAAAUAGAAGAACAAUGGCCGUUGUUUAUGUUACAUACAUUUUGCAAUCGAAAGCAACGUGAUUAUAUUUCUGAUCUACGUGCGCAGUCAACAAAAACUACAUUCGUAGUAGCUCAAAUCGAUUUCUCAAUGAACUACACGCUAAUUCGUCAACGUGAAGUUCAACAAGGUUUCUUUUCUCAAAGUCAAGUAUCUCUAUUCACGGUACAUUUAACUGUUGGAAAAGAGCAUUUUGAUAUGGCAAUAAUCAGUAACUCUAUGGAACAUAACGUGGCAUUUGUUUACUGUGCUCAACAAAUCAUUGUUGAUUAUGUAAAGAAAAACAUCCCUUUGGCUAAGAAAAUCAUCUACGUCAGUGAUGGUGCAAGCUCUCACUUCAAAAACAAUGCUAAUAUGCUGAACUUGGCUUACCAUAAAGACGAUUUCAAUAUGGAUGCUGAUUGGGUAUUCACCGCCACUGGUCAUGGAAAGGGGCCCGGUGAUGGCAUCGGAGCAGUGUUGAAAUCAACUGCAAGACGUAUCACCCUCAGUAAAAAUAUUCUUCUCUCGAACCCUUACGAUUUCUUCCAGUUUUCUAAAAAACAUCAAUUGGAAACGGCUACAGCUGCUGGAAGGCGAAAACCUGCUAUUGAUCUUUUUUUUCUUGAAGAAGUGGAAAUUCACAGAAAUAAGGCACUAGGACAUCAAAAUCAAUAUGAAAGUGAUCCAUUAUUUACGCAUAAUAUUCAUAAAAUAGCGGCUUUGGCAUUUCUGAAACUAACGAACGUCAUUAAUGGAUUCGAACAUUUAUCAAUUGAUCUUGGUGAUGAUAACGAAACAAUUCUUGAUUACUUUGAAGAAACUUACAUCGGCGAACGGGUUAUCGUGAAAUCUAGUCGAAGACAUGCUUUUGAGGCAAAUAGUGGUACAGGAAAAGACGAUCGAACAGCAUUAAUUUGUGUUAGUGCUGGUGGCUUUGUUCUUAGUCCAUUAUUUCUUUAUUCCGGAAAACAUUUGAUGGAUUCAUGA